AUGAGAUUGCCAUAUAGAAAUUCAGAUUUCUAUAAGAAUGGACUGCCAUAUUCAAACUCGUUUAAAGCACAUACUGGCUGUGUCAACGCAGUGACGUUCUCAAAGACAAACGGUAACAGAAUUAUGGCGUCAGGCGGAGAUUGCACUACGGUCUAUCUUUGGGAUCUUUUCCGGGAUUUUGACGGUGCUACACCAAUACAUGCAUUUAGUGGACCUACCAAAAAUAUCUUCACUUUGGAGUUCAAUUGCCAGGAUGACACGCUUUACUGUGGAAGUAACGAUGCAGUUAUCUACAAGUACGAUCUACAAAGUCAAACGAAGGAUGUUUUCGGGAUGAAAAGUCCUGUAUAUAAAGACAAGCUAGAAGAUCUACCAACUUCACCCCCAGACGUUAGACAAACGAGUCAUGCUUCGUCAAUAUCGCAAAUAUCAGCACAUCCGAUACACUCCUCUUUGAUCCUAAGCGCGUCGUCAGACGAUGAACUGCAUAUCACAGACGAACGCGUUAGCAAUUACGACAAUGUUGGUCAUUUUCACACCACAGCUGAAUGGAGGGAUGUCAAAUGGCAUCCUGUCUCUGAACAUUUGUUCGGAUGUUGCGAUAGUCGCGGCGGUGUCUACUUGAAUGACAUCAGGAAAGGGUUUACGGGAUACAACAUCACUAGUGGAUCGUUCUCCGAAUCUGUUGAUCCAUUCGUGGAUGACAUGUCAGUGAUGCAGUAUAACGCCCAAUUAACAAACACACAUGCGUCUAAACGAGUAAAGCUGGACUCUUCUUCUAUUUCAUUCAAUAACACAGGUGAUCUAUUUGGCGUUAUUUACCAGCACUCCUUUCCAACUAUUUACUCACUUAACAAAUCCGAUCCUCUUGCUGUAUUGACAGGAGAUUACUUGCCCUAUGGUGCAAGAGUAUCACCAGGUGAACGUACUUAUAGCACGUCGUGCACAACCAAGCACUGUUCAUUUGAGGGUGACUACUUUGCUACCGGCUCAGAUGAUUUCAGAGGCUACGUUUGGAAGAUACCUCCAAUAUCCAGAUUAUUGGAAGGACGCAGAGAGGUUUCUAACGAAAGCUUACUUGAAGGCUUCGAGAAUGGUUCUUUUGGUCAGUAUCGUUCGGUAUUCUCUAAAUCGAAAGACGAAGAUGUAUGUAUACCGACUAUAGUCAACCGACCAGCCUUUAGACUAGAAGGUCAUGCAAGUAUAGUGAAUUCAGCAAUGAUCCAUCCUACAUUACCAUUGGUAGCAACAUCAGGUGUAGAGAAGAUAAUAAAAAUGCACACACCUACGCCGUUCACAAACAAUCUAGAAGCGAAAGAAACUCCAAAGAGCAGAAAAAUGGGCAACGAAACGCGGAGCUCAAGAAGAGAUUUCUUGAUGGCUUUACUUACGUCACCAUACGAGAAUGAGGAGGGUACUGUAGAAGAAGACCCACUCACUUUAAACUUUUUCGAUAGUUUACUUAGAAGAGAUCAGGAAGUCGACAUUUGGAAUGAGCCAGAUAGCAAUGAUGAGGAGGAUGAAGAGGUCGAUGAACACGAUGAUAUAGAUGAAGAUGACGUCGCUGAUGUGAUGAUGAGAUUUGCGAGAGACAACAGCUUUGGUGAUGGGCAUGAAGAUGAAACUGACGAUGACGACAGUGAUGGACCGAUCGUCAUUACUAAUAAUGAGGAUGAGAUUAGCUCAGACGGAUCUGAGGAAUCGAUUGAUAUUGACGAAGCAUAUCCUGUUUAAAGAGACAUCGAGUUAAUGACUAGCAUGGCAUAAAUAGAUUUCUUGUAUUAUAUAUAACUCAAAUGUACAAAUCAUUCCAUCCAACCAAGACCUACUUCCAGUUGCUUGUUGAAUAUUGGUGAUAGUUCCUCGUCUAGCAUUUGAUUUAAUGAGGAACCAUCCCUUACGUCUAACCAGGUGUUUAGUUUAAUGUCAUACUCGUAUCUACGUGGGCCACUGAAUGGAGAAGACACCCAUAUCUGUCUUGUUGGUGGUUGUUUGUUGAUUACGUAUGUACCGUACUUAUCAAGCGAUAAGGUUAGGACGCCUGAGCUGUAAUCAACUUCUGAUGUCUCUGCUACAUCGAAAGCACCCUCUUCGAGCUCAGACUCGAGUGCUUCUGUGAGAGAAUCGAAAACUUUAUCGCUGAGUUUGUGGAAGGUGUGCAUGUCCAUAUUAUCGACGGCGUUGCUGCUUGUUGAUGUCUGUUGAGCGUAUGAUCUCAAAUCUGUUGGUUUGUAAAUGCUUUUAUUUGGUAUAGAUGCUCUAGUUGCUCUUGUAGAUAAUCCCAGUAAUAAUCUCCUCGUAAACAUGAUGAUCGUAUUUAAAUGAAGAGAUACUUAAUAUCAGCUAAUAGUUAUAGAUAUUCUCUAAAAUAAUCUGAAAUAUAUCACUUGAAUAACAAACAUCAUCAUCUCUGAAAGAUAGUAUGGAGAUACACGACGACGAUCCACCCAGACAGGAAUAUUUCGAUGAUAACCUCAGUGGAACGAACCCAUCUGUUACUAACAUUCCUACAAAAUCUGAUUUAAAUUUGAAGAGUAACGUAAAUAGCACAAAUAAUGCAGAAUUACCAUCUAGAAUUGAUCCAACUUCGUUACCUUAUCCAUCAGAUUACACAGAUGAAGUUACAGAAGGUGCACCCCCAGGUGUAGCAGGCAGCUUAAUCAAUGAAGACUUCUUCAGCUCUAAAAUGGGUACAGCCAAGCCAAAGAAGGAAGAUAACAAACCAGAUCCAAACAAAUUACAAGUUAGUAGCAAAGAAAUUAACCAACAGUUCAAACAAGGCGUACAUGUUGAUAGCUACAAAGAUGAGACAAAAAAGACAGCAAGAGCUGGUGACGCCGGUAGUAGCUGGAGAAUGAUGAAAUUGAAGAGAUGUUACGAACACGCAGAGGAGGAGGGCAAACACGUCGAUGAACUCGGUGUAGACCGCUUUGGAUCAAUUGAUGCCUGGAGAGAUGCUCAAGAGGAGCGAAGGAUAUUAGAUGAGAGAGAUUCUAAGCGUUUCAAUAGACGUGAAAGUGGUGGCAGCUCAUAUAGAGGUUCACCAAGACCAAACAACUCCCCUAGGAAUAUGUAUACCUCACCAGCGACUAGUGAUUAUGGAAGUAGUCGACCAUCAUCAAGAGCGUCAUUUAAACGUCCUUCAGAUACACGCACUCCUACACGUUCCACUCAGCCACCCAAACAAGCUGAUAGGAUUAACGAUUUGAAAGGCGAAUCUAAACCAUCUACGCCAACAGUACCAAAAGUAUUUACACCAACAUCAUCAAAACCAUCAGUUGGUAGACCGAAAUCACCUGAUUCACUUAAUAAAUUACAAGCACAAAUAAUGAAAGCUCGUCUAAUGAAUAAACCAAAUCUUAAAGAUUUAGAAAAAGAAUAUGAGAUUGAAAUGGAAAAAUCAAAACAAUUCAUCCAAACUGGGGGUGAUGUUGGACAUGGAUUAAUGAAUGUUGAUUUACGUGAUAAAACUGGUUUAGAACCAGUAGAAGAUCGACAAAAGACUAAGAUUGAAGUGUUACCCACUUUAGAUGGACAUGGUAGAUUAUACGAUGUUGGUCAGGGUAGGAAAGAUGAAUCUCUCCCAACAGGAAAUAAAAGAAAGAAGAUCAAGAAUCAAGAAUCAAUAGAUGAACGUACGGGUGAAAUUACGAGAUAUAAUAUAGAUGACGAUGAUCAAUCAUUGGCAGAAUUAGUAAGACAGGAGAGAUUCGCCGGUGGAUCAGCAGAUCAGAAGAACUAUGAUGCAGAAUUCGCAAACGCAAUAACUACUGAUCAUUUAUACGAACAUGGCGAUACGGAUCAGGUUGACGACAAUGCAGCAAAGUAUGCGAGAAAGAAGAUGAAAUCUGAUAGCCAAAAGCGUCAAUUUGCUAUCGGAGAUUUUAAGAGGACGAAGAGAGUUUUGGAUAGUUGUAGAUUUUGCUUUGGUGAUGAUGGUGAUCUUCCUCCACGUUGCGGUACUAUCAUCUCAAGCGGCACGAGAGUUUAUCUUGCAUUGCCUGAGACUGAGCAAUUAGUAAAUGGUCAUUGCAUAAUUGUUCCAAUACAACACUGCCUCAGUACGCUCGAAGCUGAUGACGAUGUUUGGGAAGAAAUCAGAAACUACAUGAAGUGCUUAAUGCAAGCUUUCGCUAGUCAGAACCGUGGUGUGGUUUUCUACGAAACUGUAAUGAGCGUCAAGGCGCAACUACACACAGUUAUUGAAGCAGUACCAGUACCAGUUGAUAUAUUUGAAGUCUUACCGGGAUACUUCCAUGAAAGUAUAUUAAGCAUUGAAUCUGAAUGGACACAACAUAAGAAGCUAAUUGAUUUCUCAGAGAGGGAAUUUAGAAGAGCUUUGGUGCCAAAUUUACCAUACUUUGCUAUCCUUUGGAACUACAAAGGGAAUGCAGGAUUUGGUCAUGUAAUUGAAGGUGUUGAUAAGGCAAAUGAGGAGGAUGAUUCCGAAGCUAAAUACAUGGAUAAUUCACAAUCAUUUCCAAAAUAUUUCGCUGCAGAAGUAAUUGGUAAUGUGUUAGAAUUAGAACCACGUCUAUGGCGUCGUCCAAAGAAGCUACAUAAGCAAGAUAAGGAGAAAAUGGUUGAAAAAUUCAAGAAAUUUUAUUUAGAAUUUGAUUGGACGAAGUUAUUGUAAAUUAAUAUUUAUAGCGAAUUACGCCGUUA